AUGGCCACCAAAAGUGGAUGUCAGAUUUUCCUUUUGGGCUUAAAGUUUAUUGUGUUCCUCAAUUCAGGUGAUUUCAGUGUUGAUUUCCGUGUUUUUGAGUACGUAGAACCUGAAUUUUGUGUUGAAAACUCUGAAAUGGAGAGCAUUCAAAGGAAACAUGCUUAUGAAGAGACUAACGCUACUAGAAGAGAGAAAGAUGGCUACAGCAAAUUAGCCAAGAAUAUUCCUCUUUUCAACUCAAUCAAUGCCCUUCCAAUAAGGCUUGAUAUGGAAACACUAGAUGAUGGAGAUGGUAUUGCAGAGACAAUGAGGAAAAAUACUGCCAAAUAUCAUGAGAGCUGUAGAUUUAGAUAUGAAGUUUGUGUUACUCAAUUGACGCAGUUGUUUGUGACCAUGGUGGUGGGGCUCCUGGCUGUGACCUGCCCUGCCAAGCCAGAAGGGCAUGGUGGUGGCGGCGGUGGCGAAGGUGAUGGCGGCGGGUAUGGUGGUGGCGGUGGUGGUGGCCAUGGAGGUGGUAGCGGAGGCAGACAUGACGGCUCCAGCGGCGGCGGUGGCGGGUAUGGCAGCUACAGCGGCGGCGGUGGUGGGUAUGGCGGCUCCAGCGGCGGCGGUGGUAGGUAUUGCGGCUCCAGCGGCGGCGUUGGUGGGUAUGGCGGCUCCAGCGGCGGCGGUGGCGGGUAUGGCAGCUACAGCGGCGGCGGUGGUGGGUAUGGCGGCUCCAGCGGCGGCGGUGGUAGGUAUUGCGGCUCCAGCGGCGGCGUUGGUGGGUAUGGCGGAUCCAGCGGUGGUGGUGGUGGGUAUGGCGGCUCCAGCGGUGGCGGUUAUGGCGGUUCUAGUGGCGGCGGCUAUGACGGUGGGAGUGUAGGUUAUGGAAAAUAA